GGAGGCUCUGCACCCAGUGGAGGCUUCAUUACGUCUGGAUGUGUCAGAGGGAGUCAGGGCGAGUCUGACUGCAGGCAUCGUCGAUGGAAGCAGGAUGCGCAUCAUUAUGAGGAGAAACCAUCGCUGCUUUUUUCCAAACGGUUCAUCACUGACAAGCGUGUGACCGCUCAGAUCGAACAGAAGUGAAUCCGACCCAGCGGAAGAGUUUUAAUUCAGAGUCUGCUGGACGUCGUUCUGCUCUUCAGGCGUUUCGUUCUAACGUCCAUCCUCAGCGCAGACGUGAAGCCGCCAUGUCCGGGAAGGAGCGCAGCCCCCGCCACCGGCCGUGGUCGGUCUACCGGGCCAACACGUUCGAUCUGUCGGCUGAGAUGAUGGGGCUGGCUCUGUCAGGCAACAGUCAGGAUCCAGAUGAGCCAGUGCUGGAAUUUAGUGUGGCCUGCAGCGAGCUGGUUACUCCCUCUCUGGACCGGAAGCCGACCAGCUUUGUGGCCGUCAGCUGCACCACUCCUCCUCAGGCCUUCUGGACCAAACACGCUCAGACUGAGAUCAUAGAGGGCACCAGUAAUCCCAUCUUCCUGAGCAGCAUAGCGUUCUUUCAGGACUCCCUGAUCACUCAGCAAACUCAAGUCAAGCUUUCAGUGUACGAUGUGAAGGACCGCACGCAGGGCACGAUGUACAUGCUGGGUUCAUCCAUGUUUUCUGUGAAGGAGCUGCUGCAGGACAAACACCACAGGCUGCACCUGACACUCAGGUCGGCAGAGAACCAACGGGUGGGAAACAUCACCGUCAUCGCCUGGCAGAUAGAGGAGAAGCGUGAACAGAGAGCUCCUGUUGCAAGAUUGCAGAGAGGAGACACCGUUAAUGGAAGGAUGGUUCUCCCUGUUGAUGAAAGUCUGACUGAAUCCAUGGGCAUAAAAUCCAAGUCUUCAUCUUUAUGCAAAGAUCCUCUGCUGAAGGCCGUGUUUGGAGGCGUCAUGUCUCGGACGUACCGUUUCCCCACCACGGAUGGAAACCACCUGAGGAUCCUGGAGCAGAUGGCGGAGAGCAUCCUCUCCCUGCACGUUCCCCGGCAGUUUGUCAAACUGCUGCUGGAGGAGGACGCCGUCAGGGUGUGUGAGCUGGAAGAACUGGGAGAGCUGUCUGCAUGCUGGGAGAACCUGAGGAGGCAGAUCAUCACUCACUACCAGACCAUCAUCCUCACCUACCAGGAGACCAUCAGCGACCUGCACGAAUACAAAGGUCCUUCAUUUAAGUCCAGCACUUUGAAAGCUGAGAGGAAGCUGGAGUUCAUUCCCACCAACCUGCAUAUCCAGAGGAUGAGAGUCCAGGGGGAGUCUGGUUAUGACCGGACAUACGAUGUCGUGACCAUCGGUGCUCCUGCAGCUCAUCAUCAAGGCUUUAAAGGCUGCGGCCUCCGAAAACUGCUGCACAAACUAGAAGAAGCCAGAAAACACACUUAUGAGGAGGAGAGCUCCACUGGCCCCGGCUCUAAAGCGAUGCCAUACCAGCCGCAGGAUGUUGUCAAAGCGAAGGAGCUGAUUGGUCAAAUUAACACUCUGAAGACGCAAGUGUGUUACUACACCGAACGUUUGUCUCGAGCUGCCAAGGACCGCUCAGCCAACGCUCUGGAGAGAACUCUGGCCAUCCUGACAGAGAAGACUCGUCAGCUGGUCACCGUAUGCGACUCCAAGCUGCUGUCUUCGGCCAUCGUCGCCCUGGCAGCCGCCCGCCCAGAGUUCUCUCAGCACAGCACCCCAUCUCCGUCCUCCUCCUCCCUCUCGCCCUCCUCUCGCUCUCCGUCCCGCUCCCCCUCUCGUCACCCCACCUCCCCGUCCCGUGCCGCCACCUCGCCCUCUCGCCACGCGGUUCCUCCUGACGAUGGGAGUAAAAACAAGCGCGCCUCCUUGCAGGCAGAUUUGCACGAGGAGGAGUGGGAGAAGGUUUGGCUGAAUGUGGAUAAAAGCCUGGAGUGUGUGAUCCAGAGAGUGGACAGGCUGCUGCAGAGAGACAAACUCCAGAGCGACAGCAGCUCCGAAGACGUCUUCCUGCUCACCACUGAGGAGCCGAGCAGCACCAAGAAAGAUAGCAGCCCAGAGGUGGAAAAGACGUCUCCAGGUGAGUGGAGCGAUGCUCUGUAUCCUCUCCUCUCCACGCUGACAGACUGUGCGUCUCUGAUGAGCGACAAAGCCAAGAAGGCCAUGGUGUUUCUGCUGAUGCAGGACAGCGCUCCCACCAUCGCCAUGAGCCUCACCCUGCAGUACCGCCGCGACGUCGUCUUCUGUCAGACGCUGACGGCUCUGAUCUGCGGCUUCGUUCUCAAGCUGAGGAACAGUCUCUGUGACUCCGGCUUCCUCAGACAGCUGCACACCAUCGGCCUACUGGUGCAGUACGAAGGCCUGCUCAGCACCUACGGGGAGGAGUUGGCCAUGCUGGAGGACAUGAGCGUCGGAGUGAUGGAUCUCAGAAACGUCACCUUCAAAGUCACCCAGGCCACUUCAGCUUUCAGCCCCGACAUGCUGCCGGUGAUCACGGGAAACAGGAACGGCUUCAACGUCCGGGUUCCGAUGCCCGGAGCCAUGUUCGACCUGCUGCCACGAGAGAUCCAGAACGGGAUGCUGCUCCGAGUGCAGCCCGUCCUGUUCAACGUGGGCAUCAACGAGCAGCAGACUCUGGCCGAGAAGUUUGGAGACACGUCGCUGCAGGAUGUCAUCAACAUAGAAAGCAUGACUCGCCUCAGCUCCUACUACGACCAGUUCAAAGAAGUCCUCCCAGAAGACUGCCUCCCUCGCUCCCGCAGCUCCACCGGAGUGCCAGAUCUGCUCAAACUGCUGAGCCAGAACGUCAACGCCAAGAGGAGCAAGAACGUGGAGAUCCUGUGGCAAGCGGCCGAGAUAUGCCGGCGGCUGAACGGAGUGCGCUUCACCAGCUGUAAGAGCGCCAAGGACCGCACGGCCAUGUCUCUGACCCUGGAGCAGUGUCAGAUCCUGCAGCAGGAGCACGCCUUGGCCCCGCAGGUCUUCUACCAGGCCCUGGACUGUAUGCGCAGUGAGGGCUGCAGGAGAGAGAACACCAUGAAGAACGUGGGAUGUCGUAAAUACGCCUUCAACUCGCUCCAGCUCAAGGCCUUCCCCAAACAAUACCGCCCUCCAGAGGGGACGUACGGAAAAGUCGAGACCUAAAAGCACUCUAUCAGGGGGGGGGACAAAAAAAAGAGAGCUGACGGGGAUAAUGAUGAUGGCACCACACAAAGAAAACACAAACUGGAACAACAGCCCUUUGUUUUGUGCUUAGUCACCGUUAAGAUGUCCAAGUGCCAGUGCUACUGUAGGUUGUUUUCUAGCGGUCCCCCUCCUCUCCUUCUGUCCUCUCGGUAGUACUAGGACCACACACACAUUUCCACCCAAACUUCACAUCCAGAAUCAGUAAAAGAUGCGGCUUUGUGUGUUGCGUUGUAGCCGGUGUGCAGACAGGGUCGUCUGCUGCUGUAGCAUCAGGACGCGUCCAGCCGCUCUGGAUUUACGGCAUUUUAACUCGUGUCCCUAGAAAUAAGACAUGACAGGCUUUAGAGCGAUGAUGUGGCUCAUAUAUUACACUUAGUUGAGGUUUUAUUUGAUGCUGGUCUGUAUUUUUCUUGUCAUCAACUAAUCCAAAGCAAAAAAACAACAAUUAUUUUCUUCUGUGUAUCUGAAGCCUUAUUUAUCUUUUCCAUCUGUGCCAACACUGAAUUUAUGACCACAAAAGAGCAGCGGUGGUUUAUAUUGAGAGAAUCCCAGAUAAAUAACCCCACAGUGGCACAAUAGAGAUCUACUGCUUGAAUUUUUCCCAACGAUUACUAUAUUUCCUCCUCUGUGGCUAACACCAAUUAGAAACUACGGCGUCCAACUGUUCUGAAAAUUACUUGGAAAAAGAAAUGUAUUUGGGACCAGUUUUUUAGAUUUACAUUCUCAGUAUGAUUCAGUGGGCUCAAGUGAGACAGAAACGGUAGAAAUGCAGCAACACAUUAUUUUCUGUCUUUUUGUGGAAUUUGUUCACUUGAAAAAAAACAAACCAUAAAAUAACACCAGCGUCGCUUUUUAAGGCAACACAAGGAAAAACGUAUUUGUAGAAUUCACAAUUUUUCAUUAAAAGUCACCAAAAUUCCACCUUAUUCGUCAAAUAUCGGGCCAAACAAGAGCUUUUGAAGUCUCCUGCAUGUGAUGUUGUCUUGUGUUGCUUUAAAUCCAGCGUAGGAAACACAAACACUCGUCUUUACCUGUGACAAAUGUUUCUCUGGACCUAAACUUUCUGAAUCGGUUUAUUUUCAGGUGCUUUUAGGCUGUUGUCUGUCUUUCCCCACACAUCUUUCUUCAGUCACCUAAAUAUUCAACACCGUAUUACGCUCUACAACAAGCACAGAUCUUUAAGAAGUAUAUAUCCGACACUUCAACCUGACAUUUGUACUAUCUGAAGUGAUUCCUGAGGUUCUUCUGAUGCUACCAUCAGGAGGGAAACCGGUUCACAAACCAUGGGCUUCAGAGUGGUGCAUCACAUUAUUCUGUAAUUCUAACAUAUCUACAGAUGUUUAGGACAUUUCUGCAGGAUCAUAUGCAGCGUUAUAGUGGUUUGAUAGUCCUUCCUUAUUCUCAGUUUUACGGCACUCAGUUGAAUUAUGCAGAACUUUGAAAUCAGAUGAAAAUUUUAGUCAUUAAACCUGCAUGAAGACUUCUGCUUGAUACUAUUAUAACUGUACACAUUUGCAGUUAAGAGUACUUGAUAAGGGUUUCUAGAAUUAAGUGAAAUAAUGCAUAUUGCAUUAUUGUACCAACAACAGCUCCAGAUGUACCUUAUUGUACAGUACUUACAGAGACAGUGGAUUUUAUUUUGCUUACAGGUCUUUCUGUUAUUAUGGCUGGUGCUGCCAAAUGCUGUUCUACUUUUAUCCAUUGUUAUUAGUAAGUUACGACCUUGUUCUGAUCAGUUGUACAUGCACACAGGUUGAUCGGGGGGCUGUGCAGACGCCUGCACGCCCACAGUGGGAUGAACCGAACCUAGGUAAUGAAUAAAGGCUUGUCGAUGCCAAA